GAAAAUUUGCUUUCAGGAAAGCUGCUACACUUACAUAAAAGCAAGAUUUCUAGUAAAAAUUAUUGUUACAUUGUAAAAAUGUAUAAAAAAAGACUUCCUAGGAUAAUGGAGACAGAUGCAGCCACUGUUAUAGGUAAUUUAACGUAUAUCUGUCAGAAAAGAUUAAAAAUAUCUAAAGAUAAAACGAUUCUUAGUGGAGUUCAGUUGAUAGUGAUGCUUUGUCAACAAUUUAUGUACAUAUCGUAUAAUGGUAAAAUAAUUAAAUAAAUAAUAUAUAUUAUCCUUAAUUAUAUUUGUUUAAUGUACUGAUUUUCCCGUUUUCUCUUCGUUUUUUUUUUCGGUUUUUUUAUUUGUUGAGAAAAUCGGAAAAUUACCUCUUUUAAGUGAAAUUUCCUUGUAGAAAAAUUUCUAUUAUUAUAAGUUGGAGCAAAAUUUCUGGUAGAAAAUUUUUCCACAGGAAAAAAAUUAAACAUCUUUUUAAAAUCAUAAGCUUCUACUCUACACUCAGAAUCUAAAAUCUAUACAUUUUUCUUGUUUUUAUAUUGUUUAUGUUUCAAUUUUUUUUUUCUAGAAAAGGAAUAUACAAUAUCGCAAAAUGAUGUCUAUCCUAUUGUAACCACAGUAUCGUGUUUGAUGUUCGUCGUGUAGCUAUAUCUUGGAUAUCUCUCAUAAUAUGAAGUGGUACACAUACACAGAUAAUUACACUGGUCGAGUAUGCGUAAUGCAUAUGAGUGUAAUGACAAAAGAAAACGCUUUCAAAAAAAACCAUUUUACCUUCUCUAGGUCGUCGGUACCGAUGACAACUUGGAUAUCCGGUGAUUUCUAUUAUAUUUCUAUUCUAUUUUAUGGUCUCUGCGAUUAUGAUCACUUUUCACAGCUAAAUACUCUUAUUUAUUCCAUUCUGUUUCGCACCUAUAGUAAAAACAAUAUACAUAUAUAUUAAUGUAUAUAUUAUUAAAUGAGCAACAGUUAUAAUAUGAAAGGUACAUAAGACGUAAUCAGCAAGGGAUGGGUAUAGGGGUUUUAAAAUUAAACUACACUUUAUUUCAAUUCAUGUUCUAAUAAAGAAAAUGCUUGUCAAACUUUUUUUAAUUAUUUUCUCAAUGUAAAUUACUAAAUUUAAUGGGUUUUUUUUUUUUUUUUUACGGUAUGAUUUGUCUUUUAUCAUGUAGUCUUUAGUGUUUUAAUACUAAUAGUAAUUUUAGGAGAUUUAAAAAGCAUAGUAUAAUUUGUUUUAUAUGUAAAUUUAUGAUUUAAAAAUGUAUUAUUUACCGACUGAAAUAUUUUUGUAAUAUUUAUAUGAGAUAAACUUGGCCACGUCGCUUCCAAUUUCGCGUGCAGUCGUACUUGUAUCCAAAACGCACGCGAUCGUAUCAUGUCCGUUGUAGAUUUCAAAGACGGAUUUAGGUCCCCCUCCCAGACAUAACAUUUCUCCAAUUUGUUUCACAAUAGAUUCUGAUAUUACUAUAUUCUAAUCACAGGAAUGUAUGACAAAUGAUAACAUAAUAUUAAUUACAGUAUAAUAUAAUUAUUAUAUUUUAAUUAUAUUUGUGUGGUAAAAAAAUUGCUGGGGCCACCCCAGAUCUUUGUACUGGAUCCGUGCCUGGUAGAACUUGUGCAGUGUUAGGAAUUUAUUGGUUUUACAAUGGUGUUUAUUUAUAUUAUUUUUUUUUUGUAUGUGUACAAUUUUUCUACCAUCAAUUUUGCUCCGAUUUACAAUAAUAGCACUUUCUGUGAAAGGAAAUCUGACAAUGAUGGUACAUUAGGGAGAUCAUUUUUUUUAUUUUCCAAUAGUUUUCAUAAUAAAUGAGAAAAACCAGAGGUAACACAGGAAUACAGGUUCAACAUUAAACAAAUAUUACUAAAGAAAAUAUAUAAUUCAUGUGUAAUUAUUUAACAAUAAUAUGACAUAAAUAUUGUUGACAUAGUAAUACCAUUAACUGAACACUGCUCAGAAUCGUUUUUUUAUUAGAAAUAAUUAAUUGUCACUAACAAAUUAUACACACAGAUAUACAUAUAUGUUUUUUUUCUGUAUCUUACCUUUCAACUUUUCACAUACAAUAACAGUAGCCCACCCACGUGUGAAGUAUGUCCAACUUUAAUUUAUUGAAGUUUUCUGUUCAAAUAUUUGUUAUACGACAGUCAAGUAUAAAAUCAUAUUGUGAAAAUGUGGACAAAUUAAUUUGUUAUAAUAUAAAUACUAAAAUUAACAAUUAUUAUUAUGAUAAAAAACGUGGCGUGUUUAUGAAGGACCAAGGAGAUAAAUCUCCCCCUUGGCCUUUUUAUCAAAUCUAUUAUUUACGUUACUAUUUUCUUUUUAAAUUCAAAUUUACUUUAUUUUUAAGCGCGUAUAUAAAGCCAGAAGGUAUAUUUUUCGAAAUCGAUACGAUCUAAAUGAGAUAUUCAUAUUAUUGAUUUAAAUUUCGGUGAACUUGGGUAUCAUAAAUGAGCAGUGUGCCGGGCCAGGCUUUUCAGUUAGUUAGUAGAUAUUGGUAAGCGUGGCAACUAGUUAGUGAAAGAAAAAACAAAUUUUAAAUAAAAUGGUAAACUAUAACUAAUUUAAUAAUAAUUGUAAAUAAUAGGGCUCUUAUAUACCUGGAAUUUAAAUUAAACCUGGUGGUGAGGGGGGCUGUAGACUGGGUUAAAAAAUAUCGGUUAACGCUUGGCCGGGUUUUUUUGAUCGGUGGACGGGUCGGGCUGGUCCUAAAAAUUUAUAGUCUCGUGCCUAGAGCUCUAGAUUUUUUUGUUUAUGAGGACGUGACGCUCAGCGUAUAGGACGAAAUUAUGCGUUCGCCGGGUAAAAUACACGAUCGCGGUGCCGGGGAAAGAAUACUUUCGGGGUAUUUUACGGGCAGACUCUUUGGGCACCGCCUACACGCCUACGACGCAUGACGUCACACGCGUGCGUUCGUAGAGGCGCCCGCGUUUUCGACUUGGCCGCGAAUUAGUUGACCUUUUACAGUCCGUAGGUGUGCUGCUCGCGCUUAUCGCACAGACCGUCUCCGCCGUCGCCGACGGCUCGCAGAUUACGGAAUUCCAAUCCGAUCCGGUCCAGCCAGCCAACCGUUACCCGAUUUUCCUAUACAGUCGACGGAGGCAGCCCAUCAUCCAUCCGCGACCCGUCGUUGUAUUGCAAAAUUGGUAAUAAAAUCAUUAUGCUUAUUCGAAAUUUCGUGCUUGGUGUGUUAUUAUUAUUAUUAUAACUAUUACUAUCAUUGUCGUUUUCCGACAUACGGGUGUAAUAUUAGGUAUAGGUUAUAUUCUUGCCACGUAAUAUAGGUACACAAGGAAAACAGGAUUUAAGACAAACUACAUUGGUUUUAGGGGGGGGGGAGGAUGAAGGAAAUGGGCCAUACGGUUGGAUGUCUAGGGUGUCUUGGAUAUCUGUAAGUUGAGAAAAAUAUAGAGGGGAAUUUCAUGUAUUUUUGUUCACAACAAAUAAUCAUUGAUAACGAAAAACGAUUCUGAGUAGAGUUGGUUUAUACAAGUUUUAAAAGGCCGUAAUAUUUACAAUUUCUCGUUUGUUCUUAAGUGCCACCCACACCCGAGGAAAAUUUACUCGGAUAGGAUAAGUGCCUAAACUCUGAUAGAAUUUUCGCACAUAGCAUUAAAAAAAAAACAAUAUUGUAAAACCAAUGAUCGUUUGUUCUUGUAAUUGGUUUUAGUUUUGUAAAGUUUAAAGAAACUGUACGCGUAAAUCGUUAGUGUUGAGAGUUAUUAAACUUGUAUUACUUAUAACGCGGUCAUAAUAAUAUGAUGGAUGUGUAGGAUAAUGCGUGUGUGAGAAACAUAUUUUAAAUGUCCAACUAAAUAGCGCUUCAUUUGCCCCUCAAUUUUUAUAAGAUAUACAUAUAGUCUGCACUCGAAGUUUUUUCUACUUUAACCACUAGCAAAAAAUGCACCAAAUACUUCACCUUCCUCCCUUUACCAACCCCGUAUUUUUUGAUUUAUUUACAUUAAAACGGACAAUCGGUAAAAUCGUCAAUUUUAGUGCCUACACUAACAUAUUAUUAUCCUACACAUCCAAUACCAGAAAGUUCUCUACGGGUGUCGAUACGCGGAAAGUUCAUAAUGGUUUUACGGGCUGUUCGGACACAGCCUUUCAAUAGGAAGAUGUACACGUGUAUUAGGUCUACAAACGGAUUUUUAUUAGAAUUUGAACAAAACACAGUUGACAAGUUGUAUUUAUAAGUGAAAAACCUUUGACACCAAUCCCGGGUAAAUACUUAGUUGUAAUUAUUAGGUACAACUACACUAAAGGAAUGACUGGACGGUUUGGUGUCGAGAUGACUGUGCUCCUCCUUAUCGUGCGUCGGUAGUGGUGUAGCUGUCACGACUUCUGACUGAGUUCAAGUUCCCCUCGGUGAUGAUUCCGGUCUCCUUAUAUAUGGUUGUCGCCUCGAUCGGGGCCUAGGUGGUGGUGGAGACUGUUGCCAUUGUCUACUGGUGACACUUGAUCCGUAUUCGGAGACAUUUUCCCUUUUGCCCAUAAACACGUAUCAUCCGUUGCUGCAUAGGAACGUCGUUAGUUUACCACACCCGUAUUAAUAUCCUUGACGUGCGUAUACUUAAUGCGACAACCGAUGUUAUAUCUUGUCGCGCGGAAUUCUUAAUUUAUAAUUGACAAACUUUACACAUGAAGGAUAGACUCCGUAACAAUAGUGACAUGCUUAAAAGAAAUAAUAAUACGUAUUGAGUGAUUACACUUAUAUGUGAUACCAUCGUCUCGGGACUGUCUCUGUUUUGUACUCAUUGUACAAUUAUCAGGGUUGGUAAUAUAAGCGAAUAAAACGUUUUAUAUGUAUAAACGUAUAAUAUUGUACAUUUUAAAUUUUAAUAAGCGUUUAAACUUAUAAAUUAAUAUAACCAAUUAACAAAUCACAUUAAUUUGAUAAAUUGUCUUAAAUUUAGAAUAAAAUAAAAGCAAAACAGAUUAUCUUUUAGUAUUAUAAAUAUUAAUGUAGUUAUUGAUAAAGGUUUAAGAUGAACUAGUAGUUUAUAUAAAAAAUUAUUACAUAUAUCUUAGGUAAUUAAUAUAUGAUAUAUACACUGAUGAUUUAAUUCAAUUAUUUUGCCUUAUAACUCUGUUCACUUGUGGCAAAAAAAAAAAAUUGUAUACAUUUUAAAACAUAAACAACUAAUAGUUUUAUACGUAUUUUGUACUUUACUGUAUUAUACGUUCCAACUCUGGCAAUUAUCGAUGAUUAUUAUAAAGGGUGAUCAAUCUAUUAUAAGACACUCAUUAUUUCGGAAAGUAUUACCUUUUUCUGGUAGUUAUUUUCUAAAAUAUUUAAGAAACAAGCUGUUCUAUAAUAUUUUAUAUUUAUAUUAUUUUUCGUCUCUCUUAUUUUUAGGGGUAAAACCACUACCUACUUUUGAUUUUCUAAUGAAAACCUUUAUUAAAAAACCUAUAAAUAGAUUAAGUAUUAGUUACAAUAAUCAUCGAUAAUUGUCAGGGUUGGAACGUAUAAUACAGUAAAGCAUAAAAUACGUAUUAUACGUUUGUAUAAAAUACGUAUUAUGCGUUUGUAUAAAACGUAUAAGACUAUUAGUCGUACACGUUUUAUACUGUAUACAAUUUUUUUUCCCACAAGUGAUCAGAAAUUAUCAGUUAUAACAAUUGUCUCAAUUGAAUUUAAUCAUUAGUGUAUAUAUCUUAUAUUAAUAACCUAAGUUAUGUAUAAUAAUUUUGUAUAUUAAUUACUAAUUCAUCUUUAACCUUCAUCAAUAACUACAAUAAUAUUUAUAAUACAAAAAAAUAAUUUUUUUGUUUUUAUUUUACUCAAAAUUUAAGACAAUUGUUCAAAUAGGUGUGAUUUGUUAAUUGGUUACAUUAAUUUAUAAGUUUAAAUGUACAGUAUUAUCACUAUUAUUAUAAACUUCAGUCUCAGUCUCAGUCAUUAUAAAGUUUAAAUGUCUUAAAAUAGAUUGAUCACCCUGUAUAUUUCCAUAAUUAAAAAAUAUUCCAUUUAUAGAUCUUUAAUUAGAAAUAUGUAAGAAAACGAACCAAUGAAAGUUUGUUGUAAGAACUGUAAUAUUUGGUAUAUUAAAAUAUGUAAAAAAAAAAAAAGCCCAGUCCUUUGCGGCGGUUUCGAGCACCGUCGUUGCGUUAAUCGUACAGGAACAAGACAGUGUUAGUAAGUAAGCCACUGUCAUAUGUGAGAAAGUGGAAAGUGAGUAAGUUAAAUUUCUUUAUGUAUACUGAUGUGUGCAACGACACAAUUGAGCCAUACCAAUAGUAUUGAAAACCAGCUCAUUUUAAAAUACCUAAUAUUUUAUUACCGCUGUAAUAUUAUUAUUUAAAUUGAUUUCUAUACCGGCCCAUAUAUGAAAUAAAAGAUAUUAAUAUCCAACGAUAAACCGUUUGAGACGAAAAAUGAUUCUUACCGUAGCUUAACUAACAAUAAACGAAGUUAUUCACAUACGAAAAAAAAUAACAACAAUAAUAAUAACGAUCACUAACAUCAUACAGUUAAAACAAAAUAUUUAAAUAUUUAAAUAUCUUAAAACGACGCAAUGUUUUUUAAAAAUCGGUCCGCUUCUACAAAGUGCUAUUAAAAGUAUUCCGGUCUAUAGGGAGAAUUUUUUUCACAGAAUAACAAAAAAAAAAAAAACAAUUGAUGUUAAUAUUCUUGUAAAAAAAAGUACUUUAUUAAUUUCAAUUUUUUCCUGUCGACUACUGAGUACAACUUAUAAAAAACUUAUUAAAUGUUCAAACAUUUGGUCUACCAAGAACGCUUACCAAAUAAGUAUUAGUGAAAACUCAUGAAAUUAAAAUGUAUUUAAUUAGCUCAAAAUUGGCUAAAAUGUUUUGAAAAUUUUACCACAUCUUUAAACCAAAUUUAAGUUCAAGCUUAAUUUUCAAGUUAGUAAAAUUGUAUUUGUCGACUUUUUUGGUUUUCUUAAUUUUCAUGAAAAUUUGUUUAAACAAAAACACACUUCAUUCGAAAACUAAUACACUAUAUACUUUGCUUAGAAUUUUAAAAAAAAAUUCUUUAGUAAUAUUGUGUUCUCUAAAAUCAUUAAUUUAAUUCAUUGAUUAUUGUUUAUUAGAUAACGUAUGUGACUGCAGGCUUCGUGUAAGCCGAACUUCACUGCUGACUUCACCGAUCAUAAAACUAUACAGCGAAUCAUUGCGACUAUUGUAUUCUAAGGUAGGUAAACUUAAAAAAUAUUGCAUAUUUUUUCGUGUUUUGACAGUGCAGCAGUUUUUGGUUGGUAUAUGAUUUACUGGCUUGCUGCACAUUAUUGUUGUUUGUCUAAAACAAGGACCCGACUAAAGACGCUAUUAACGUGUGUAUUUCCUUUUAAUUGUUAAUGCGGAUUUUGACUACGUAGGUAUUGAAUUAAUGUAUUCAGUUUCCGAACAAAUGGUUAUUCGUCGGAUAGCAACAAAACGUAAUGAGUUUUUCGUUAAAUUCCAGGAAAUGUGAAAAAUCUUUUAAAUCCGUACAAUACACAGCAUAUAACUGUUUGUGAUGGGAUCCGGAUUACAAUAUUAAAACUGACUAACAAGUUUGUACAGACUAAAAUUCAAUUUACACGGAAACGACUAACCUACUACACGUUUCGAACGUGUAAUAACUAUAGGGCCCGGAAGUAUAUGCACUAAAAAUAACGUCUGUGAAGUCGGUCCCCGACUCUGUCUUAUCGAUUUAAUUUCAAAAUUUAGUAACCUUUUAGUAAUUUAUUGUAAGCGACAUCAAACAAUUUGUAAACAAACAGUUUAUGAAAAAUCUCAAUUUUUAUUUUGGGGGGCUAACUUCACGUAGCUCCUGACUUUGUCUUAUCAACUUCGAACCAAUUCAAAAAUUUAGUAACCUUUUAGUAAUUUAUUGUAACCAACAUCAAACAAUUUGUAACCAAACAGUUUCCGAGAGAAAACUUCAUUUCUAUUUCAGGGAGCCAUAAUUUUAUUGAGGUCUUAUUAACUUCAUAGUACGAUUUAUAUGCACGUGUGAACUGCCUAACACAACAUUAAUAGAUAUUAAUCCUACCCAUUUAACAAAUUUGUCGCUUAAUUUUUUCACAACUUUCAAGUUUUGUCAGCCAUUAUUAAAACUGGCGAGUCAAUUUCCAAUUUUGCACUGUCAAGUUAAUGCUAGCAGUUUAACUAAUAGUAUAGCUAAACGACAAAAUACAAUUAUUAACAACAUGAAUAAAUUAAAAUCAAAUAAUUCAGAAACAGUUCCGAUACAUAAAUAUAAUGCUAUUGUUAUCAUUUAUACUAUUGAAAUUCUUAAAAAAAAAUGAGACUUUAUAAAUAAUAAUAUUCAAAACUAAACAUAUGAGCCAACUGAAUCUAUUCAUAAAAUUACAGAAAAAAGGUAAUCCGAUUCGUCCAUUAAUUAAGUUUAAAAUUGUUAUAGCUUAUAACUUUUAUAAAUGUUUAGACUCUUAUAAAAGAAAAAUUAAACAUGAAUACUGAUACUUCUAUAAAAAAAAAAACACUUAUUUUUAUUGAUAAAAUUAAUAAAAUUAAUAUUUAGCCAGAUUACAAAAUGAUUUAUAUUGACGUCAACAAUUUAUAUCCAUUACAUCCAUUCCUAAACAUGAAAACGUAAAUAUUUUAAAAAAUAAACUAUUACGUAGUUAUAAAUUUAAUACAAACGUAGUACAAGAAAUUAUUUAUUCAAUAAAUAUAAUUAUUAAUCAUAUGUAAUUUCCAAUGUAAUAAUAAAUUAUAUUCAUAAAAAGAAGGGUUAGUUAAGGAUGGAACUUUAAGUGCUCUUUUAUCUGAAAUUUACAUGUAAAAUUAUGAAACCAAAUAAUAAUAUUAACAAUAAAUAUACAGUCCAUAUAUAAAAGCAUAUUAUGGAUAUGUUGAUGAUACUUAGCAGAUAAUUUAAUUAACCACUUAAACAAAAUAAAUAAAACAUUCAAUUUACAGUCAAAAUACAAAUAAAUAAUAAAUUUAAUUUCUUAGAUCUUACAGUUUCCAUAAUAAAAGAUAAAUUUGAUUUAAGUAUUUACAGGAAACCUAUACAAACUGAUGCUUUAUUACCAUAUGAUUCUAAUCAUCCUUAUUCUCAAAAAAUAUCAUUGUUUAGUUCAAUAUUCUAUUGGCAUUUCAUUAAAUAAAUAUAAUUAUCAACACGAGCUCAAUAUUAUCUAUAAUAUAGCCCAUAGAAAUUAUUUCAAUGUAAAUAUUAUUAAAAAAAUUCAUAAACUUAUUAAAGAAAAAGUAAUACAUAACUCAUCAAAAUUAAUGUUGUAGCAUAAAAUAUCAAAAUAAUAUAUCUAAUGAAUUCGCUAAAUUCUGAACAAUAAUUAAAAUAAUGUAAAAAUCGUUUUUAAGACUAAUAAAAAUUUAAUCAACCUUCACAAUCCCCCUUCUUUUGAAAAUGCUGAUUUAUAUAUAAACUUAAAUAUAACUGUAAUCAAUUUUAUAUUGGUAAGAUAAAUAUAAAUUUUAAAUAAGAUAUAAAGAACACAUUUUAGAUAUAAAAUUUUAAAAAACUGCACUUAAUUCAAAUUUCGCUAAACGUGUUUUAGAAAAUAACCCUAAUUCAUUUUUAGAAGAACUACAUGUAUACAAUGAAAUAAAGAAAAAUAAUUUUAAUAUUUUAAAUUUACAAACCGAUUUUAAAGUUAAUUAAUUAGAUAGUAAAUAAUAAUCAAAUAGUCUAUAUUUCUUCACAUAUCUAUGUCUAAUAAUAACCCAUUUUAAAUAAUCUCUCCUAUUAAAAUAAAUUAUUUCUACUUAAAAUGACCUAUUUGUAUAAUUUUUUCCCUUUGAUUUCCAUUAUUUAAUUUUUUAUAUCCAGUUGCGUUUUACUUUUUGACUUUUUGAUUUUACCUAACAAUGAAUUUUUAAUUCAAAACUGGUCGUACAAUAUACAUUUCAUAACACUCCAAGUGACGCAUUUAAUUAUUGAUUUUUUAGAUUCCGAAGGUAGCGAGUUUUACAAUGCUGUUUAUUUCUUCUUUUUAUUUUUUACUUUGUUCUAGACUGUAGUCACGUUGUUUCCUAGUAAACUUACUCUGAUUUUUAUGUGUAGCAUCUUUUCUGAAAGCUCAAGUUGUCGACGCAAUUUUUUUAAUAACAGCACUUAAGUAGAAAACAACGUAGGAGAACUUAAAAUUUUACGAUUUCAUUAUUUUAUAAAAACAUGGACGACAUUUUCUACCAGAAAAAAUAAUUUAAUCGAAAAAUCACAAGUUACCUUUUAUGUUGCCUUUUUGAUUUAAUAAAUUAAUGUAAGAAAGUGUAUAAAAUAUACGUUAAUAAUGUUAGAUACUAGUAUCAUUAACUCAAUACUAUAUUUUUUUUUUUGUCAAUAAAUGCAUUAAAUUUUUGAAAUUAUCAACUAUACGUCAUAAUAAACAAAAUCAUUUUGAACGAGUGAAAAUAUGCAAACUCGAAUUGAGCAUGUCAAAAUAUUAGGCUGAGAUUCGAAAUUGCCUAUGGACAUACUAAUUAAUGUAAUAAAUAAAACUACAAACAUGUAUAAGACUCCGGGCCCUAUUAAUAGCGAGUAAGUGCUGUACAAUAUUUUUGAGUCGAAAUGUGACGGCGGGUUACGCGGCGAUAUCGACGGUCGUCUGGCCGACUGAUGUCGCAGUAAACCGUCCAUUUCCUAACGAGUUGGCUCACCUGGCUCUAUGGACCGGGGUUACUUGGAGAGGUUGUAAACCCUAUGCGCUAAAACACGCAUUUUGCGAUCGGACCCGAUUACAUCCAAUUACGAUAUUUAGCUGAUGUAUUCGAUUUUCAGGCGGAUUUCCAGUAUCGGUGCACUUCUGGAAUACCCGUCUCGAAAACCGAGAAGGCCGACUAAUCAAUUCAGUUAUUGCGUUGUAUACCUAUACGGUCGACCGAUGCAAACUUUGCAAAAGCUAUUGAAUUUCACGUACUUUAAGUGCUUAAUGGAUAGCAGCUCUGACAGUUCUGAUAGCCAGGACGAAAUGGAUGAGAAGAUGUGCUGCCGCCAGAUAUAUGUAAGGUUACGUGAGGGACAGUGUAUGGAUGAAGAAGACGAAGCAAUUAUAAGAGACCCAUACAUGCUGUGCACAUUGGCUGCCACUAACGGGCAUUUGAAAUGCCUGGAGAUGGCCCGUUGGAGAAGAUUUCGGUGGAAUAGCAAUGUGUGUGCAGCUGCGGCCAGCAAUGGUCACCUCGAAUGUUUGGUAUACGCGCGGACCAACGGCUGCCAGUGGAACGAGAACACGUGUCACGAGGCCGCGAGAAACGGUCGAUUAGAGUGUUUGAAGUUCGCGUUGGAGAACGGUUGCUGUUGGGACAAACGUCUGGUGUUGAAAUUAGCGGUGAUGGGCGGCCACGUGGAUUGCGUGAAGUACGUGCGCCUCAAGGGUUGCGCCUGUGACGAGACGACGACAAUGUUCGCCGCGGGCUUCGGUCAGCUGGAGUGUUUGGCGUACCUACACUCCAGCGGUUGCGCUUGGGACGAAAGAACGCCGAUGGCCGCGUCCAGACACGGUGCCCUGGACUGUCUGCAGUACGCGUGGCGAAACGGAUGCCCGUGGGACUCACGUACAUGCAGCGCGGCCGCGGAAUUCGGUCACUCGAAGUGUUUGGAAUACGCGUUGGUACAGGGGUGUCCGAUAUACCUGGACACGGCCGUAGCGGCGGCGGAAAACGGUCAUGAGGAAUGCUUGAUUUUGGCAUUGUCGAACGGAUGUUCGCUGGAGCCGGAGUUGCUGGUGGCCGCCAUAAAAGCCAAGAAAGUUCGCAUAUAUUUGGUGCUAGUCAAAAUGGGUUAUUCGUUUACUCCGACGACCCAGCUUGAAUACCGCGCAUUUUGCCGGUACGGCAUGUAUAACGUCAGUAAGGAACAGAAUAAAUAUACGUGGGUCGUAGGCAAUCGGAACUUGUUCGGAAAUCAGUGA